AUAAAAGAUGUGCGAACGGGGAGACUCAAUACCAUCGUUCGUGAAGCUCCUGGUGAGGACCGAGGGCACGGGGGGCUACUCCCUGGAGCGCAAGUUCCCGGUCACAGACACCGUCCGCGAGCUCAAGCAGAAGUUGGAGCUCCUGACUGGGGCUUCGUCCGCGUCGAUGCGCCUGGAGCUCCGCGACGCAGAGGGCGACAAGCUGGUGCAGCGCCUGGUGGAGGGCGGCGACGACGCGCGGCUUGAGUCGUUCCCCGCCCUGCGGGACGGACUGACGCUGCACGUCACGGACCCGCUGCUGAACGUGGACGAGUUCAGGGACACGUCGAAGGUGGCCAAGGUGGAGCUGUCCCAGGAGGCGUACAACCGGCGGAACAACUCGAUGCGGGCCUACCUCCAGAAGCACGGGCUCGGCCGGUUCAACGAGGACGCCCAGGAGAGGGCGAAACGCCUGGAGGAGGAGAAGGCGCAGAAGCAGCGAGAGGUGCUCAAGGUGAUCCACGUGGGCAACCGUUGCGAAGUGGUGGGCAUCGCGGGGCAGCCCAGGCGGCGUGGCACCGUUGCUUUUGUCGGGGAGGUUGACUUCAAGCCAGGCGUCUGGGUGGGCGUCCGUUACGACCUCCCCCUCGGCAAGAACGACGGCAGCGUCGCCGGGAAGCGCUACUUCGAGUGCAGGCCCAAGUACGGCGGCUUCGUCAAGCCCAUCGACCUCAUGAUCGGAGACUAUCCCUUGGAGGACGACUGCGUCGACGGGGACUGUGAUCUCGACGAAGAGAUGUAACUGCGGUAAUUCUCGGCUUUAAAGACGAGGAGAAGAGUUUGAUGAGCGAGAUGUCGAGUCGCGUCGAGAACCCGGCAGGAAGCUGUGCCGCAACGUUGCGGCAAUGCUGCGCUGCAGGGUGUGGUCACGACAUUGAAAUAAUGCUGGGCAGCAAUGCUGCAACGUUACGCAGGGACGUGGGAAAGCAUGCCGAGAGUUGACGUUGUAACAACAUUGAGCAGUGACAUUGCAACGAUGUUGAGCAGUGCAAGUUGCAGCAGCAUUAAACAGUGGCAUUGCACCAAUGCUGAGCAGUAACAUUGAACAACAUUAUGCAGUAACAUUGCAACAGGGUUGAGCAGUAGUAACGUUGCAACAAUGUUGAGUAGCAAUGUUGCAGCAAUGCUGAACAGCAAUGUUGCAACAAGUUGUGCAGUGAUGUUGCUAUUGUAUUGAGCAGGGAUAUUGCAGCAAGGUCAUCAAUCUGUGGCAUUGCAACGUCACUGAACAGUUGCAGCAAUGCUGAACAGUUCCAGAGCAGAUAUUUAAUGUGAGGAUAUUUGAUAUUAUGGCAGCAUUGUGCAACACUGCCAUAACAUUGCAGAGCAGCAUUGUAGCAAUGGCAUUGCUGAGACAUUUCAGAAAAGUCGCUUUCUGUUGCAGCAGCGACUUGGACCAUUGUGACAAGGAGAAAGAUCUCACCUGCAGCAACGAAUUAUUCUGCAAUCUAGCACAUGCACGGCUUUGUAGACGGCUCAUUGCCCCCAAGUUGUGCCGUGCUCGGCGCAACAUUUUGUGGGCUCGAUUUUGAUUGGGCUUAAAGAGCAGGAAGAGGUUUUUUUAUAUGUUUGUAUAGAAGCACUGGCACGCCUUAUACGCGGCUCGAAGGCUGAGGCUUUCGAGUAAACCUUGGUUUUAUGAGGGUGCCUUACUCAAGAUUGUUAUAGUAGGAUUUCCAGAAAGCCUCUCAUUACUGUAUGACAUUUGCAAAAGAAACGAAAGUUUGUUGCCAGUAUUGCACAGACACUUGUACAAAAAGUGGAAGUCAAAGGGAAGUUUGCACUAUGCAGAACGUUUUCAAAAACUGAGGAAAAAAAAAACUCCGCUGGCGGCAGUUUUCACAGUUGCGGUUUUCCUCUUGCGGUAGACGUCGUCAUUUUUAAGUUAUUGCAACAUUCCUCGGUUGUUUCAUUCAGGCGCCCCGUUUCGCGUAUGAGUGCCCGGUUCAGUUUGCUCAUUGUUCUCGACACCAGUGCUGCGCUCAAGAGGCUGUAGACGACGUGUUGAAGACAAUAAAAUUGUGCCGAAAGAAA